UCAAUGUUCUUCGAGAGUUCAUACAACGAGAGUUCAAACAACGAGAGUUCAUACAGCGUCCAAACGUCGUCUUUCAUUAUCCCCAGGAACCGUCUACAGGAUGCCUUGGAGACCCCCAUCAGUAUAUCACAAACGUGUCAAUGACCAAUUACAAGAUAAAAGAAAUACUUAAAAAGGCAAAUCGUCAUCAUCAACAAAAAAGCGUGACUUAUCCCUUGGUUGUCGCCAAAAGGUGAAAACGGUGCGCAAUAAUUUUGGCACUUUCUGUACACUUUAAAGGGACUUCUGUCCACUUUAAAUACCUUGAAGGAACUCGUUAAUAACAACUCACAACCGUCUGGAUUACUCAAGAUUACUUAAGAUGAACUGAUUCGCUUACUCAUUCCAUUCAUGCUGGGGAUUAGUAACAGUACCAAUCAUUCAAGAAAAGAGAAUGAAUUUCCCAAUUGUUGCCCUUUUUCUACUGGCUGUGUCGACAUGUGUGAAUUCACAAUUUCGAGGGGGGAUGGAGCCAUCCAUGAGCCGUAUGUUAUCAAUGUCCAGACAGGGUCCUAAUUCUAUUUCCCGUGGAGGAGCCGACAAUUUGGCUAAACAAUGGCAGCUGUUUGGGGGAAAUCCAUCAAACCAAUAUCCUCGAAGAAGAGUAUUGCAACCUAUUGUGAUUAGACCCAACAUAGUGAAUCGGCGUCGAAACGAAGAAAUGUUCCCCAUGCAACAACUAAUGCAACUGAUGCCCCUGCUGGCGAUGACUGAGGGAGGUGAAGGCAUGAUGGACAUGCUGCUGCCCAUGAUGCUUAUGCAGAGAAGUGCUAGGCAGUUUUGACCACCGAGUGGUGCCAUUAACAUUGUUUACCUCCUGAAUCAAGCCCGGUGACUAAUUGUUCGAAUUCAAAGUAAAUGAUUAUAAAAGA